UGCCCUUCCCUCUUGCGGUCAGUCGGUCAAACCGAUUUCUCAUUGGGCGGGGACGUACGUAGAUCACCGCCAUGUGAGGUUACCUUCACGGAUCAGGCUCGUGCAUUCCCACCCCCGGCCCCCCUUUCGCACCUGGCCAAAGAGGCCUCCUCUUACCUUAAAAUGCUUCCUCCAUUUUCACUGCGGUCUCUAGGGCCUUGAGAGCCACUCUCAGAUCUCUCGAUCUCUCUCUCUCUCUCUCUCUCUCUCUCUCUCUGAGAUUGACUAUGGAGAAGGUGAUGGCGUGGUUGGUCGCGGUGGUUCUGGUCUUUAGCUGCGCGACUCAAGUGAGAUCAGAUGCGUCUGAUCAUCGCUACAAAAUUGGAGAUCAGGUGCCUCUCUAUGCCAACAAGGUUGGGCCUUUUCACAAUCCCAGUGAAACAUACCGCUAUUUUGAUCUCCCGUUCUGUUCACCAGAUCAUAUUAUUAAAGAGAAAAAAGAAGCACUUGGUGAAGUGCUUAAUGGAGAUCGAUUAGUUAGUGCUCCCUACAAACUCAAGUUCCUUGAUGACAAGGAAUCUGAAACUGUCUGCAAAAAGAAGCUGUCAAAGGAAGAAGUAGUCAAGUUCCGUGCUGCAGUGACAAAGGACUACUACUUCCAAAUGUACUAUGAUGACUUGCCCAUUUGGGGCUUCUUGGGAAAGGUUGACAAGGAAGGCAAAACUGAUCCCAGCGAGUACAAAUAUUUCCUCUUUAAGCACAUUCAUUUUGAUAUCCUGUACAACAAGGAUCGUGUCAUUGAGAUUAAUGUGCGAACUGAUCCAAAUGCUCUUGUGGAUCUCACUGAGGAUAAAGAAGUUGAUGUAGAAUUUAUGUACAGUGUCAAGUGGAAGGAAACAAGUACUCCAUUUGAUAAGAGGAUGGAGAAAUACUCACAGUCGUCCUCGCUGCCCCAUCACUUGGAAAUCCAUUGGUUCUCAAUAAUUAAUUCGUGUGUGACAGUUCUCCUCUUAACUGGUUUUCUGGCCACUAUUCUCAUGCGAGUCCUCAAGAAUGAUUUUGUGAAGUACGCCCAUGAUGAAGAAACGGCUGAUGAUCAAGAAGAGACUGGGUGGAAGUACAUCCAUGGUGAUGUUUUCAGGUAUCCAAAGCAAAAGUCUUUGUUUGCCGCAGCCCUUGGAUCUGGCACCCAGUUGUUUACUCUUACAAUUUUUAUUUUCAUACUCGCACUUGUUGGUGUAUUUUACCCAUACAAUCGUGGAGCUCUGUUCACUGCACUGGUUGUCAUAUAUGCUCUUACAUCUGGGAUCGCUGGAUACACUGCAACAUCCUUCUAUUGCCAGCUGGAAGGAUCAAACUGGGUGAGGAACCUAUUAUUGACUGGGAGCUUGUUUUGUGGACCUUUGUUUCUCACAUUCUGCUUCCUCAAUACUGUUGCAAUUGCCUACAGUGCCACUGCAGCUCUGCCUUUUGGUACAAUUGUGGUUAUUGUUCUUAUAUGGACUCUGGUGACAUCUCCUUUACUAGUAUUGGGUGGGAUUGCGGGAAAGAAUAGCAAGGCUGAAUUUCAAGCUCCUUGUCGCACUACAAAAUAUCCCCGAGAGAUCCCACCAUUGCCUUGGUACCGAGGAACUCUUCCCCAGAUGGCAAUGGCAGGGUUUUUGCCUUUCAGUGCUAUAUAUAUUGAACUAUACUACAUAUUUGCCAGUGUGUGGGGUCACAGGAUUUAUACAAUAUACAGUAUCCUUUUCAUUGUCUUCAUCAUUCUCUUGAUUGUCACUGCUUUCAUCACUGUGGCGCUGACAUACUUUCAACUUGCUGCCGAAGACCAUGAAUGGUGGUGGAGGUCUUUCCUCUGUGGUGGAUCAACUGGCUUGUUCAUCUACGGCUACUGCCUGUAUUACUACUAUGCACGAUCUGAUAUGUCGGGUUUUAUGCAAACUUCGUUCUUCUUCGGCUACAUGGCUUGCAUCUGCUAUGGUUUCUUUCUCAUGCUUGGGAGUGUUGGUUUCCGUGCCUCGCUGUUCUUUGUUCGUCACAUAUACAGGUCCAUCAAGUGUGAGUAGCUGGAUGGUUGGUCUUCCUUAAUCCACAGGAAUUUUGUUGAGGUUGCUACCGUUGCACAUGGUCAGUGAGUACCGGAUGAUGAUGCAUGCGAUUAGGGGGGCCUGGUGGGACAGUAGGAUGCAUGCAACGAAGCCUCUAAUCGUCUGCGGGUGUAAUGGAAUGUUUGUGGAAAAUGAUCUCCCUCUUCCUCCUUUUUCACAUUUUGCAGAUCGGCAAAUUGAUAUUGAUAUAUGUUAAUUUUUUUUCUUACCCUUCUAGUUUUUAACUGCCUCUGGAGGAACCAAAAGAGAGAGUUACAAGCAAUGGACAUGUGAAGGUGUAAUGCCUAUUCCAGUGUUUAAUGUUUGUAGUUGGGAUAUGUUUUUUUAGAUUUAUGAGAAGGAACAACGAAUGUCAUGAGCUGGUGCUAA